AAGAAGAUGAAGUCACGAAGACUGGCACCGGGAAGUUUGUUUUGGUUCGUUACGUCAUAAUGUUACGUAUGCUUUCGGUAAUAGCGAGGCCCAUAGGUACCUGGGAAGCUGGGACUUUUUCGUAAAUACGGCAAUAUAUCUUAAACAGCAACUCAUUGUUACCACCAUGGCUUCAAAAUAUUUGAAAAGCAGUGUGUUAAGGAAGCGACUAAUGGAUGUGCUGAAACUGACUGUUGGUGGAGGGGUAACUUUUGUUGGUAUCAAUAUAUACAUGCAAAACGAAAAAUUUUACGAAACAUGGGUCAUGCCUGUGUUUCGGAGGCUAGAUCCAGAGACAGCACAUAAUAUGGCUGUUAUGGCUGCAAAAUAUCAUCUGGUUCCAAAGACCAAAAUUAAAGACUCAAAACUUUUGGAAUCGCAAGUUUUUGAUAUGAAGUUUAAAACUCCUAUAGGCCUUGCUGCUGGAUUUGACAAAAAUGGUGAGGCUGUUGAAGGUCUUUUUAAGAUGGGAUUCAGCUUUGUGGAAGUAGGAUCCAUCACUCCUCUCCCUCAGCCAGGAAAUCCUAAGCCACGAGUGUUCCGUCUGCCCGAAGACAAAGGAAUCAUAAACAGGUAUGGUUUUAACAGUGAAGGGCAUGAUGCAGUGUAUGAAAGGUUAUCUCAGCUUCCACCUCCAGGAAUGAGACAAGGAGUGCUUGGAAUCAAUCUUGGAAAAAACAAAACAUCUGAUGAUCCACUUGAAGAUUAUUGUUUAGGAAUUAAAAAAUUUGGUCUCAUUGCAGAUUAUCUUGUUGUAAAUAUUUCAAGUCCAAAUACACCAGGACUGAGAGCUUUACAGAACCGAGAACAACUUGAGAAGCUCCUGAAUGCUGUUGUGGAGGCAAAAGAUAGUCUCCCAGAGGGACACAGACCUCCCAUUUUGAUAAAAAUUGCUCCCGACCUUACAGAGGAAGAUAAAUAUGAUAUAGCCAAUGUAAUUCUUAGUAAAAAGCAACAUAUAAGUGGUCUAAUAAUCAGCAAUACCACUGUAACUCGCCCAUCAACUUUGCAGUGUGAGGAAAAGAAAGAGGUUGGUGGGUUAAGUGGGGAGCCUCUGAAAUCUCUUGCUACCAAUACCAUCAGGGAUAUUUAUCAUCUUACUGAUGGCUGUCUUCCUAUCAUUGGUGUGGGAGGCAUAUCCAGUGGUGAAGAUGCUUAUGAAAAGAUCUGUGCAGGUGCCAGUCUAGUACAGCUUUACUCUGGUUUAAUUUAUCAUGGUCCACCUCUUGUUAAGAAAAUUACUGAUGAAUUGGAUGAAUUAUUGAGAAGGGAUGGUUUCAGCUCUGUUAAGGAAGCUGUUGGUUCUGAUAAGGUGCUUAAUUCAGACAAAGAAGUACCCACUUCCGAUGCUUAGCCUGCUGUUGCUGAUGUGGAGAGAUCAAAUUCCAAGAAAUGAGGAAAGAUAAAUGGUCAUUAGUAAUUAAAUAAAAAUAUAAAAAUGUUAACUACUAUUUAAGGCCAGAAAGGAAAUGAUUGGACUCUUAAACAAUGGUACUUCCAGGGAAGUAAAUUUAUUUUUUCAUAUGCACUUUGUCUUUUGUAAGUUGCCAAAACAUGGGGCUUGGCUGCAUUUUAUAUUAUAAAAUUAAAGAAAUUGUCCUAGAAAAAUUCAAGUGUAAUGGUACUUAUAAGUUAGGAGAAAAAAUACCCAGGUCCUAAAUUAUGUUUGAAAUCACAAUUCUAUAGAAAACUGUGCAUGACUAAAAUAGUUAAAAAAAAAAGCUACUUAGUAAGGCAAGUUAUCAAGUUUUCAUUAGUUACUUGUUAUAUCUGCAGAUGGUAAUUGUGCUUAGGAAUUAGUCUGUGAGCGUUUUUAGCAAACAUACUGUAGAUAAAUACAGUAGAGGGGAAAAUAAGAAAAUUGAAGGAAAAGCCAGAAAAUGUUAUGAUCAAUGAAGAUAGAUGAAAAAAGAUAACUUUUUGCACAUAAAGUAAAAAUUAGAAAGCCAACUUGAGCACAAAUUUCUACCUCUGUGCAAUGUGUACAAAAUGUUCAUAGAGAUAUAAACUAAAUAUUUUGUAAGAUUUGUUACUUUUAUAUUACUAUUUCAAAAUAAUUAUUUGCAUAGGCAAAGAUAUUUACAUAUGUACAUAGUCUGUGUUAAUGUCAGUUAUUGUUUGUGCUCAACCCUCGGAGAUAUUUUUCAAGAAAAUAGUAUAAUAGACAUAAUGCCCUUGGUGGUUGCAGAAUCUUGUGAUGAAUUAUUAGCAUAGUAAUAGAGUAGUGUUAUUUUUGCAUGGACUUAAUUACUCAAGAAUAGUACAGACAUUGUUCAGCACAAAGUUUACAGAUAACCAUAUGAUUACCACAUCAUUUGACAAUACAGUUCAAUAUAGGGGUGAAACCUUUGAGUAUAUGCUAUGUCAGUUUCUAUAAAUUUAAAGCCUAAUUCUUAAUGGAAGGCUUUAGAAGUAAAAUGUUAUCGCAAAAUUUCAUCUUGCCAUGAGGUGAUUAAUUGCUAUUGAAGAAUGGUUGGCCAAGCCCAUCCUUCAAUGGUAAAAAAAACCUGACGUAUUCUAGUCACAAUUUAAACCACAUUCAGUUUAGAGGUAGCAAAAUCAGCAAGUUCCUGGUUUUGCUUUUAACCUUGUUAGCAGUAUUGGCAUACAGUAUUUCUAAUUUACUGUUAUAAUGUAAUUGUAUAUAUAUGGCUAAUGUUGUUGUAUAUAAGCUGGCCUAAUACCUGCAUGACCUCUUGCUCCCAGAGCAGCCUGUAAUAAAAAGGAUGAAGGAUAGCAUGCAGGAAUUCUAUUGAAGAUGUAUGGUAUUCAUAGUCUGGAGUCAGUUGACAUUUUUUAAUAUCCAUUCCAUAUCUGGUUAUGAUAUUAAUUGUGAGAGUUAUAAAGAUAAUUAAGCCAGAGAUUUGCUAGGUUACAUUUAUGUACUGUAAUAUAUAGAACUCUAAGGAUUAGCAAGAAUUAAGGUUUUUCAUGAAUCUAAAUGGGCUCGGUUGACUUAUUUUCUGUGCAAUGAAGGAUUUCAAAUCCC